AUGCCUAUAAAUGUAUACUUAUAAUUAAUGUUGUUUUGUUUAUUUAACGAUGUUUGUAGGAAAAAGAAAACCUUCCUUGUCAUCUUGAGACUGGGUUUUCUAAACUGGAAUCAACAUCAAAUAAAUCAAAUCAAUUAAAAUGUGAAAAAUUAUUACAAAGGGAUAAAACAAAGAAUUUAAUGGACAUAUCAUUUGAUAACAAUACAGAAGAAAUUGUUUCUGAAAUUGACGAUACCUGCAUUCAAGUUUCUACACAAACCAGAAAUGAUAAAACAAAGAAUUUAAUGGAUAUAUCAUUUGAUAACAAUACAGAAGAAAUUGUUCCUGAAAUUGACGAUACCUGCAUUCAAGCUUCUACACAAACCAGAAAUGUAAGCAUCCAGACAUCACCAAAAAGAAUGGCAUGUUCUCCGACAAAACAGAAUCUUCGCAAGAUAAUAAAAUAUUUGGGCAUCAAAAUAAAACGAAAAGAAAACGUUAUUAAAAAUCAUCACCAACUUAUGACGGCUCUCCGAGAAAAGGGUAAUUAUUCCAAGGAAUUAGAAAAUGCAUUAAUAAAACAAUUUACUGGAACAAAAUUAAGUUUAAUUCUCAAUGAAUUUCAAAAUAGUACUCGUAAAAGAAAUGUAUAUACUGACAGCAUGAAACAAUUUGCUUUGACUCUAUACUUUUAUAGUCCUAAGGCAUAUGAUUUC